AUGAGAUUAAAUGAUAUUUUACUUUUACAAUGUCUUCCUUUUCAGAAAGAUAUCUGCGAGCGUUUCUUUAUAACCAAAUAUCCGACCAUGAAAUUAUUCGUCUUUGGUGAUAUGCUGCUUCAUGAAUACAGGGGAUCGCGAGAAGUCAACUAUCUGAGGCAGUACGUUAUUGAGCACUACACAUCUACUGUUAAAAUCUUUGCUGAUGAGUCCUUCCGGCGAGAUAUGGACCAAACGAAAGGGAAUGUAAUCGCUUACAUUCGCAAAGAUGGCGAGGCUUACAGAAACAUCCAUAAUAUUGCUCUUCUUCUUCGUGAAUACUGUGACUUUUGGGUGCCUACUGACGAAAUCUCGAACAAUUUAUCACAAGUCCGUAUCACGUUUAAAGCCGCAGAUGACGGGCACGAAUCUGAGUUUGUGGGAAGUCCCCAGAACUAUACGUACCUCAAGGACUGGAUCAGCGACAAGUGUAUUCCUGUUGUUCGCGAAGUUCACGGCUUCGGAAACGUUGAAGGGCCUUGCACUGACGAGGGUCUGCCUUUCCUUACCUCUUUUUCCGUGAUCCAGAAAAGAAAGAUGAGGAUAAGAUGUUCACUGAUGCGGUGGUUUCGUGAGCUGUACGGUACACGUAUGACAAUCAAUCCUUUGUUAGCUGACGCCUACAUGUUUGCUCAUCCGCUUCAACACCUUGGCAAAACCUACAAGGACCUCCCCGUUCUUGCAAUUGACUCUUUUACGCACAUGUAUGUCUUUCCAGACAUUUCUAAGCUGUCUACGCCAGGAGUUCUCAAGCAGUUUGUCGAUGAUUUGCACAGUGGCGUACUCCACCAGAGAUACCACGGUCAGGCAGAGGUGAAGCGGCAAGAGUUACAGAAGUUCAAGCAAGAGCACAACAUUCAAGCCGACUUAGAGGAUCGUCGAGAAGAAGAGCAGAUGGCUACUGACGUACCGCCUUCAGUAUUCAAAGAGUUGCGGCCCAGUGAAAAACGCUACUCACUUCUACAGAAGACCGAACUCUAG